AUGUUUGAUUCAACGACAGCCAAACCAGCGAAAACAACACUGACUACGGAAGCGACAACCGCCGCUAUAUCAAAAACAUACGCACCGAAGAAUAACAACAGAGACACUCCAAGAAGUCUUGAAGAUGGUGUUGAGAAAUCGGUGUCAGCGGAAAAGGAAAUGCUCAGAAUCGAACGAGUCGCCAAGAAGGAGCUGAGAUACCUCGGUGAUGAUCCAUGGAAGUUCUCACAGUAUGUCAAUCAAGCGCUAGAAAAGGGCAAAUUUGAAGAAGCCUAUUGCGUUGUGAAGAUGGGCAGUAGAACAUUGUCACUGGUUGUACCGUGGACCAUGUUGAUGGAUUACAUGUUGCAACAACAGCAAUUGACCAAAGCAAUCAGAAUAUUCAACGACAUGAAGAAGCGCGCACAGUUUCCCAACGCCCAGACCUACACUACCCUAUUUCGCGGCCUCGCCAGAUCCCAACAUCCUAAACUCGCUGUCGCCGAGGCUGUAAAGCAAUACAAUAACCUUCUCAAGGAUAGCCGUCUGGAGCCAAACACAACCCAUUUAAACGCAGUGCUAAACGUUUGCAACCGAGCGGGCGAUUUGGAUUCGAUGUUCGCCAUUGUCGACACAGUAAACGAUUCCACACGAGCCGUGACUGCUUUCACCUAUGCGACCAUUUUCAACGCUUUGCGAUGGAAUACCAACAGCGAUGUCAAGGAUCUAACAGAUGAGCAAAAGCAGUUCAACAUCAGAAAUUCUGUUCAACGCGCCAAAGUUAUAUGGGGGGAGGUCAUGAGCAAAUGGCGGCAAGGACGUCUGGUCAUCGAUGAAGAGGUUGUCUGCUCGAUGUGCCGGUUAAUGUUAAUGUCAUCUGAUAUAGAUGACAAAAGGGAGAUUUUUGAUAUCGUCGAGCAGACCAUGAACGUACCCAACUUGUCUAAAAUCCAAGAACGUUCCGCUGUCGAUGCCCGCAAAACCGACCCCAAGACAGGUGCAGUUGCCAAGAAGGACGGCAACGGUUUCUAUGCCACUCCUGGCAACAACACUUUGUCACUAUUGCUCCAGGUUGUGAACCUAACAAAACAGAGCGGUAUCGGCAUCAAGUAUUGGAACUUCUUGGUCCGCGAGUACAACAUAGAGCCUGAUAGGGAUUGUUGGAUGCGUCUGUUUAGCAUACUCAAGCAAGCCAGGGCUAGUGCACAUGCUACUGAGAUUCUGUCGAUUGUUCCCGAGGACACCAUUAGCCCCCGUAUCUACCGCAUGGCCAUGGAAACAUGUAUUCGAGACAACAUCAACCAGAAUGUCAUCAAGAAUGCUGACCGCGCUCUCGACAACAUGAUGGAACGCAUCGAGAUCCCCGAUCCGCAGACCAUGCGUCUCUACCUUACCGCCGUUCAGAAUACUCACUAUCACCUACGAGCCCGUGCCAAUGAUGGCGAUGUGGCUGGUGCGAAACGCGCAUACGGUAUACAGGUGACGAAAGCCCUCGAUCGUUUGUGGGUGCCAUACCGCAAACUCCAUAACCACUUCUUCCGUGAUACCAAGUCCAAAACGGAUCGAGAUGAAGGAAUUCUGUACAAUCAGCAACGUGAGGUCAUUGCCCUUGCUCGUAUCAUGUAUGGGUCUUACAACAAGGUCAUCCAGCAAGAGAUGCUUCCUGAGGAAGACCUUCAAAGAGUCCGUCCCAUUGGCGGCCGUAUCAACCGCGAAAUCCAAGCCUUCUUUGCCAAGCGCGAAGAAAAGGAACCCAACUUGCGAAAGACAAAGGGUCGCGGCGCAGCCGAAGAGGAGAUGUCCGAGUACUACACUGUUAUGGAAAUAGAAUCUUUCUGGGACACAACACAAGCGGGCAGGCCCCAAAGGGAUAGAAGAUAUGAAGAAAGACGAAGCAGAGGAUAUGAUAACGACCGCAGACGCCAAAACGAAGACAGGCGUGGUAUCGACUCCAGGCGUUCGAAUUUGGCUGGAUAG